GCGACGAGUAGUGGAAAGCGCGUACAAGUCGGAGUGCAAUUUCGCGGAGUGUGCGUUUUCGUGGAUAAUUCUGCCGCAAAUGGUGCGUUUUUCUCGGGAAAAUUGCUGAAAAGUGAAAAACAUUGUUCGCGGAACGGAGUUUUGCUGUUGUCGAAACGUUUCCGGGGAGAAUUUGGCGUGAAAAAGGGAAUUUUUCCGAAGCCACCCCAAUGCCAACCAAUCUUUGGUUACAGACGAGGAAAAGCGGAUCAUUGAGCGUUUUUUGGGCUUAAUUGCCGCUCGAAGCCUUGAUUUCAGCUGGACUGACGGAAGUAUUCCUGUUUUUCCAUUUGGAACUGGACGGACCGUGUGAAAAAAAAGUGAAUUUCGGGAGUGAAAAUUUGUUGGGUUAAGUUGGCGGACAGCACGCGAAAAAAAGAUACAAGACUUCCCUCGCGCAGAUCACACACUUUUGGCCAUGGCCCGCUUCGCUUUGUUGCUAAGGAGAAUUGCGAGCUGCCACAGGAGACUUCGGAUCCGGAAAACAAGCCAAAGUUAAAGUAGGCGACACAGUUUAGAUCCAGUAGUGAAAAUCUUUGUAGACUGAAGACGGAAAAGAAGAGGAGUUGAACAUAAAAACUUUUACUUGAACGCUGGCAUUGUGAAGAAAAAUUCUAAAGAACAGUUUCCCGACAAAGGAAGAUAAGAAAGCGGUGAAAACCGACGAUUAACUGGGCCACAAUUUGGCAUGAGCACUCCGGAUAACGGAGACAAAUCAGGUUCCGGAGGAGGAACAGCCAAAAUGCAAUCAUCUACGGGAUCGUCUUCGGGGGGAGGCCCUGCGGGAAGCGCUGGUGGACCGGGAUCCGGUGGGCUCGGAACGACUGGCCCGACAACCUAUCCGAUCGAUUUGGCUUCGGCAUCCAAGGUUUUGGUGCGGCCAACCGAGAAAACAAACAUGCCAACGACGUACAGAAUCAACAACUCGGCCGGCAAUCAGAUGCGAGUGGUUAUACCGAGCAAUGCAGCGCAGACAUUCUAUCGUCACUCGAUCAACUUGAAACCAGAUCCAUCGUCAAAUCGUACGCAAAUAACAGCUCUUCCGGCGAGGACCGUAACGCAGACAUCGAUAACAGUUUCACGUCCGCAAACACCAGGCACUUACAAUGUCCCAUCGAGGGUUCCCACAACGGUAGCAAGCAUUCAAGGCCCCAGAGCUACCCUAACUGCUCCGAUACGAAUCCCAACGCCUCCAAUCAGUGUGGCAAAUAUCAACACAUUUGUGCGACAGUCAGUACCCUCACGCACUUCCUCUCCGUCGGCCACCAUCAUUUCUCAAGGAACGUCAGCCUGGAUGCCGAACGUUCAAGUGCAAGUUCCGACUCAGUUGAUUCGGUCCGGCAACCUCAGCCAAGCUCCCAGGGCACGUGUCGUUGCGCAAACUAUCCCCGCAAAUCAAUCAUCAUCAAAUGUGAACAACGCCACAAUCACAGCUAACGUGGUAACUCAUCCUACAUCGACCCAAGCCGGUCAGCAAAAUGUCUCCCUCAGUGGAACGAACCCAUCGCAAGCAUUUGUGGCAACAUUGGCAACCGCAGUACUUCCACCGCAAAGGCAAAUUACGUCGACGCUGGUCUAUACCAAUAACAGCUCUCAACAACCUUACUCCAGUGGCACCAAUCCUCAGCGGUUAACUCUUGCCACUACUACCCUUUCUCCCCAGAGACCGACUGGAGUGAGACCAAUUCAACGUCUCCCCACAUCGAACCUCGGAGUCCGCGUAACAGCGGGAAGCAUCAGUAUCCGUACUCCAAGCGUACCAGUCCUUGCCCCUACCACCGUAUUAACAACUAUUGCAUCUGGGACAGCCGGAACACAGAACCGCAACUCAUCGGUCUCUACGGCAAACAUCUCGAAUACCAUCCCAGCUCGUAUCAUCCAAGUGCAAAAUCCGCAAAGCGGUCAAAUCAUCAGCGGAGGCCGACUCCCCACUAAUUUGGUGAACAUUCAACCUCUGAUCGUUAGUAAUAACCGUAUUCCUCACAGUAAUAUUCAGCCUAGUUUGACAAUUGCGCAAGUAAGCAAACUGACUUCAGUUGGUGCUACGCCGUUGUCCAAUAGUUCCGGAUCGACAUCGGCCAGUCAAGAUGUGGGGAGCGGCGGUGGAGGCACAACAACCCUUCAAACCGCCUCUGGACAGCAAAUUGUCGUUAGUUCCGGGCAAGCCAGUGGAUCUACGGCCACCAUAAUCACCGGUAACUUGAUAUCUAAUCAAUCCGGUAGCGGAGGCGUUCAAUCGCAAUCGCAAGGCCAAAUCGCCCAAAUAGUGAACGUGAAUCCCGGUUCGGUGGGCUCUGGAUUGUCCGGUCAGGCACCGCAGAUUGUAACCGUUAGCCAAGGGCAAGUGAUUGGAACCCCACAAACCAUAUCGGUAUCCAAUUCUGGUGGUUCUGGAUCGACCACGGUCAUUCCCAUUCCACUGGCCAUCACGGGAGGAAGAAACACUACCACCAUACCGGUAUCAGUUGCUACCUUAUCCGGAGGACAGAAUCCGAUAAGCAUCGUUUCCGGAGGAAGUACGAUCACUGGAAUCGUACGAACCACAACAAGUGGCGCCGGAUCCGGACUUGCGAGCUCAACGAUGUCAUCGAUUCUACCAAUUGCGAAAGUUACGCCGCAACAGUUGAGUAGUUUAAGCACGAUUGAAGCCGUUAGCAGUUCGGCCCCGUACUCAGUUUCUGGCACCGGUGCUUCUUUGUACAUACAGACAAGACCCCAGCAUCCAAGUGCAAUCGUUACGACAGUUGCCAGUACUGGAAAGUCCAGUUCAUUGAAUGUCGUCUCCGGAGGUAGUUCCGGUUCGGGUGCAACGCUUUUCCCCACUUCUACCUUGUACUUUGAACGUGUAACGGCUUCACCAGCCUCAUCCAGUCAACCGGUUACGACCUCAGGAUCGGGUGCAAUAGCAUUGGUGCAGAGUGCUUCCUCGCUGACAUCUACGACAAUCACAACAACGAGCGCCAUAAGCGGCCCAGUGUUCUCGAUAUCUUCCAGCGCAUUGAACAGUGGCUCUACAUCUACGGGAAGCAGCUCCGGAACUAUAGUAUCCGGGGUAUCCAGUGGCCAAUUGAGUUCCUCCAAUGUAAUCACAACAUCGGGACCACCUUUGCCAUACUCGUCUACGAGCGGUUCGUUUGCCAUUGUGCAGGCUUCCGGGCGGAACAUAUCCGGACCAAUUCAUGGAAUCGUGUCAUCUUCCACUGCAUCCGCACAAUCCGGAGGUCAGUUCCAAGCGCAAUCUCAGCAACCUCAGUCCCAACAAUCGACGACACAAAUUCAAGCCGUUCCAGUUCGAUUUCAUCCGCAGUUACUAGUUGAUGGCGGUCAAGCACAGCAAAUCAUAAUGACGGGUUCUGCUCCCGGGCAAUCGCAACAACAACAGCCAUCACACAUGCUCAUUCCGGUCAAUCCCGGUGGUAAACUAGAAUCCCCUCAGUCCAGCAUACUGCGCAAACGGGGAGGAUCUCCCAUUAAGGCGGGCAAGGAUCUCACUCAAACUCUGAUCGCCAUGGGGAAAGAAAGAGCCCGGGACCGAGAAAUGGAACAACGCGAACGAGAGCGGGAACGCGAAAUGUCUCCACCAUCUCGACCCGCUUCCACUGAUGGAUCCACAACAGUCAGUGCCACAUCCAGUCCAGGAGCCGAUCAGCAAGAACAGGAAGAAAUCAAAGCAAUGGCGUUUGCCAACCGGAACGCCAACAGUGAUUUGCCCUUCAAACCAGUUCACGAGGAAAUCUUCCUCCACGGGCAGCAACCAGCUUCAAAUCAAGAUUCUCAACAACUCGGACAUCCGUUCCAUCAUGGAUCGCUACCGCAUCAGAACUCCAUAGCCGGUGGAAGCAGCAACGGAAAUUAUGAGCAAUCGCCACGCAAGAAACCUCGCAAACAGAACGUCGCCGAAGGGCAGAAGUCCGUCACGAAUAGUUUACAGUUUUUCGCAAACAACGAACUGGACAACAGCUACCGUAUGGAUACCACCGGAGCGCAAAACUUGGCAACUGCUGCCGCAACAGUGACGGCGGCCGCAGCGAUAGUGGAAAGCAUCGCAGCUCAACAACAGCAACUGCUUCAAGCGAAGCAAAGUGGAAGCGCUCUGACAACUGCGGAGUCCAACAGCAGAAGCGCUGCUAGCGCUGUUAAACACGAUACCCAGCAAAGCCAAGGUGCAACAGGUAUCGCGAGUAGCGUAGUUACGGUGCCUGCGAAGGAUGCCCCUGCGACGUCAAUAGCCAACUCGCGUAAACCUCGGAACGUGAGUUUGUUAGAGUCAUACAAACAGAGCUGGAAGGCGGCCAACAAUCACUUCCAGCGCUACACGGACGUGAAACAACGGGAGGAAAGGCGUCCCACCAUCGUCGACAUUGCCAAUCAAUCGCACGUACUACAGAAGGUCAACGGUUGGAAGAUCUACCAUCUCAGUGCACAAAUUGAAGAUUUGUGCGAGCUAGAAUCUCAAGCGUAUGACAAACUAGAUCAGAUGUUGAAAACGAUGGAAGCCACACCGAAACCGUCGGCGGAAAUUGAACGAAUCAAUGAGCUGCUCAAGGGCAACAUGCAACGCAGCAAGAUCAUCAUCGACGGGAUCAACGAGGCGCGGACGCAAAUCAUGAAGAUCUUCGACCACAAAACGCACGUUUCGGACAUCAUCCAGCGGUGCGCCUCGAAGCGAAACUUCAAGAAGCGAGAGAAAAGCUAAGCGGAAGUCCCACCGCGGGAACGUUUGUACAUAUUUCAAGCGACGGAAGCAAAACUUUCGUCGUCGAUGCUUCUUCGUUCAUCAUUGUAGAUUUUUGCGAAUUGUUUUGAAACUCUAUUGAUAAGAUAAAUUGUGACCGGAUGUCGUUUCUAUAUCGUAACUCUUCUUGGUAGUAUUUGAUCUACGAACUGUGUACAUUUUCGCAGAGAUUGUGUGCGCGAGCAAACGCGAUUAAAAUUAGAUUUUAGAGAGCCUAUAGAUUUAAAUUAUUCUUGCUAAAUGGUGGAGACACCAUGUUUUGAAAAUUAUUUUUAGUGAUUCUUUAGGUCGUUUAGGUCGACACAUUGUUCGAAGCUUAUUCAGAGUUAGUUUUAUUGCUACGAUUAGCCGUGGGAUCACCUUUGCUAGAUAGGGAAAAUGGGGCGGCAACUUUCCGCACUAGAAACCAUUAGAUGUUAAGCUCUUAAAGUAUUUUCAAAGGUUUUUCGUGCAAUAACAUGUUUUAUUAAUGGCACGAGAGGGAGGAAGAGAAAAUGAAGAAAAUCGAAAAAAGUAAACCCUGCUGGUGAAAAUCGGAGGUUGCCUCCCCGAAUUGUGUUAGAUUUCCCGAGGGAUCCCUUUAUUGUGUUUAGGAAAAUAUUUUAAACAUGUUUAGUGAUAAUAUACAGAUUUAUUUUGUAAUAGUGUCAUAACAGGUUGAACUUUAUUAAAAAUUAAGUGCAUGGUGGUAAAUGUCCAGAAUGAAAAUUAAGAAUUUCAGUUUGUUUUACCUCUAUGAAGUAAGAUUAUUUCUAUAUUUCAUUAAACUCCUUCCUUGAUUAGUAACUUAACACCCGCAGAACUCAUCGAUAAUUGAGCAGAAAGUAAGCUUAGGAAAUAAGACAUGGUUUUAAACUGCUGAUGCAAUUCAAGUUCAAACGCAAGAUGGCAUACUUACAAACACCCCUAAUAGAGAUGUAGCAGUAGAAGUGCGAACAUGUUGGUUCUUUGAAGCUCCCAUCAGAAUUGGCAUAAGUAACUAAGAGCGGGGGUUGCUAAUUCUCAAUUUUACAUUUACGAAGCAAAUGUGUGUUACAAAGUAGCAGUUAUUUCGUGAAAGAUCAAAUGACAAUUAGUA